AUGGGUAGUAGAUUUUUGACAAUUAUUCCAUUGAUAUUCUUAGUAUCAUCAACCGUCUUACUAAUAUUCACCGUAAUCAACGGUUCAACCACCAAUUCUCCAAUAAACGCCUUAUAUUGGUCCGAAACCGACACUUCAGGCAUAACUGGCGCACCAUUCGAUAAAUCACGAUGGACUUUCUAUACCCUAUGUGGAGUCCAAAACGGUGACAAUAAUAAUUGUUUACCUAUGGUAGCGGCGUAUCCGUAUUCGCCAUAUGAUAAUUUCCCAUUUGGUAGAAUUGACCUUCCGUUGGAUUUCAUAACUAAUAGAAAUACAUAUUAUUAUUUAUCAAGAACUGCGUUUUCAUUCAUAUUGAUUGCAUUAGUUGGAAGUGCACUUUCACUUUUGAUCACCCCCUUAGGGUUUUGUUUCAAGUCUUGUGGAGGGGGGGGUUCCGCCUUUUCCAUAUUUGUGACAUUUGUAUUCGGUGCCACGGGUGCUUCAUGUUUGACUGCCGCUCAUGCUAUGGGAAGAAAGCAUUUUAAUGAUAAUGGGAUGCAAACUAAUUUGGGUGCCGCUGCAUUUGGGAUACUUUGGGCCGGGGUAUUUUGUUUAUUGAUGGCGUUUAUUGGCUCUUGUUUGGUAUGUUGUGGGAAUAAUAGAACUAAAACAAAAUAUGUGUCUGCUGGGCCUGUGCCUGGUGCGGCUGGUGAACCUGGUUACUAUCCUAAUAAUAAUGCUCAACCGGUGUACUAUCUUACUGAUAAUAAUAAAGGGACCAAUCAGUAUGAAGGGGCUACUUAUGUUGGUAGACAGGAUUCUAAGUGA